GAAGAGCAUAUCUUGAAUUUAAAGGAAAUGUCGUCUGAAAGGAGAAGUCAGUAAACACUGGGUUUCAUUUUACUGAAACAGAUAGGGCCCCGGACAAGGAGAAGGCUCUCUGUAGUCAGCUGGCCGUCAGAUCUCAGGUGCAGGGCUUCCUGAUAACAUUUUGACAUAUUGAGGGUAGGUGAUUGUUUUUUAAUGCACAGGUAGGGUUACAGUCCAGACCCUCAGACAUUCUGAUAAAGAGCUGAUUAGAAAACACGAAACAUCGGACCAUCUUGCCUCUGUUUUUGGUGAGGAUAGCAUUACUGCACUUUGGCCUGGCUUUUGAAGGCUAAGGUAUGACUGCCAUCUGGGAGCUGAGCACUUUGACAAAGGAAAAAAGGCCGUGUCCGCUACAGGGCUUACGUUUCAGGGCGAGGUCCUGGCUUUCCAUUCAGGAGGGCUUUAGUUUUCUGAUGUCAGUGCUGUCCACACUGUGAGCCUUGAAGAGACAGUCUGCCCGGUCCAAGGCGCUUGCUUCCACGACACAGGUGUGUGUCACUUUUAUGCGCCGUGUGGAAAGAUGGUCGGGAUUUGGGAUGGAAAGAGCAAUUUUCAUUAGAAAUCGUUUCCUUAGUAAACUUUGAAGAUCCUUUUGGCCUGAUGCUGGCUUUUGACUGUUGCUUCCUUGGUUCAUUGUGACCUUUUAGUUACUACAACAAGAUAUGUAUUUUAAGGCCUGGCACAAAAUGACCUGUGUGGUUAUUUUUAGCAGUAUGGUCCAAAUGAUCCAAAUUGUUGUAGAAGUUUUGGAAUCAAGUUGCUUGACUUAUUUAUUCCCAGAUUUAAUUAAUACGUAGCAAAUACAAAUCUUAUAUUUGAACAUCUGUUGUACUUUUUUUUAAAGUACAAGUGGUAAAACUCCCUUUCAGUAUUCAUGAAUUAAGUGUUCCUGCUUUUCAAAUUCAAACUGAUUGUUCUUCUAGAACUUUUCUUCUUUCUAACCCAUUACUAUGCAGUUAGUGCUCUAAAAUCUUUGAUCUUAUUAUGUCAUUUCCAUGGAUAUAGCAUUCUAAUACCCAGUGCUGUUGCUGGGUCAUCUUAGCCUGAUCCUAUGGUGUAUACACUCAGCCUGCCUACCCAUGCCCUGCUCCCACCUCCCUGCCACCUGCGUUCCAAACUCUACACCACUGUUGAGUGACUGUUCAUUAAAUUCUUAAAUACAACCCCAUCCAUGUCUUUGCAGAUGUCAUUUCUUUAGGAGCAUUCUCCCCAGUUAGGGCUCGAGGCCUACCUCAUGUUCUGCCUCUGUGACAACUUCUUCUAAGCUGGCGUAUUUAUUUAGCUUCUGUUGUAAUGUUUUUCAUUUUAGUACCAAUACCACAGCUUAAAAUAAUGUUAUUGAUGUUAAUGUGUCGUGUCUUUUGAUGGAGUUUGUCCUCCUUUGUUGCUGUGGAUUCGUUCUGAGAGGAGCAGCGUGGUGGAGGCAAGAGGCCCGGAGUCACCACCACACAGACCCCGGGAGUCUGGUGAAAGCAGGCCAGAGGCAAGCAAUCCGCAGACUCGUUUAUUUCAGUAGGUACAGCCGCUUAAAUAGCCAAGGCAGCCAAUCCGGUGAAGGGGCUGUUUAUGCUCUAACCAAUCACAGCCUGUAGCCAGGCAGUAUCCGAAGCCAUCCAGUCACAGCUUGUUGCCAGGCAGGCUCCAUUGCCAGGUGGUUUCCCAGGGGGUUUUGAAGCCACUCCUGAGUAACUGACGCUUGCUUGCCAGUGGCCAUCUUGGCAUGGCUUUCUCAUUCCAACACACUCCUUGAGUGUGGAAAUUCCAUUUUGUUCACUUCCUAUCAGUUAGAGUGCUUGACUUAUGAAAGGGCCUGCAGAGUCAUUUUUUCUGAAGGUUGCAAGGAGUAGGCAUUUAGCCUAGAGGUUAAGAUGACUGAGUCCCUCAUCAAGUCCUGACUCCAGCUUCCUGCUAAUGCAGACCUGGCAGGUCCAAAGGACGAUAGCUAAGCAGAUUCAGAUGGUGAAGCAGAUUGGAAAAGGUCGCUAUGGGGAAGUUUGGAUGGGCAAGUGGCGUGGCGAAAAGGUGGCCGUGAAAGUGUUCUUCACCACGGAGGAAGCCAGCUGGUUCAGAGAGACCGAAAUCUACCAGACAGUGUUGAUGAGGCACGAAAACAUUUUGGGGUUUAUUGCUGCAGACAUCAAGGGAACAGGGUCCUGGACCCAGUUGUACCUAAUCACAGACUACCAUGAAAAUGGUUCCCUUUAUGAUUACUUGAAGUCCACCACUCUAGACACAAAGUCGAUGCUGAAGCUAGCCUACUCUUCUGUCAGUGGCUUAUGCCACUUACACACCGAAAUCUUCAGUACGCAAGGCAAACCAGCAAUUGCCCACCGAGAUCUGAAAAGUAAGAACAUCCUGGUGAAGAAAAAUGGAACUUGCUGUAUAGCUGACCUGGGCCUGGCUGUUAAAUUUAUUAGUGAUACCAAUGAAGUUGACAUACCACCCAACACUCGAGUUGGCACAAAGCGCUAUAUGCCUCCCGAAGUGUUGGAUGAAAGCUUGAACAGAAAUCACUUUCAGUCUUACAUCAUGGCUGACAUGUACAGUUUUGGACUCAUCCUUUGGGAGAUUGCUAGGAGAUGUGUAUCGGGAGGUAUUGUGGAAGAGUACCAGCUUCCCUAUCAUGACCUAGUGCCCAGUGACCCCUCCUAUGAGGACAUGAGAGAGAUUGUAUGCAUCAAGAAGUUACGUCCCUCAUUCCCCAACCGGUGGAGUAGUGAUGAGUGUCUAAGGCAGAUGGGGAAGCUCAUGACGGAAUGCUGGGCUCACAAUCCUGCAUCCAGGCUGACGGCUCUGCGCGUUAAGAAAACCCUUGCCAAGAUGUCGGAGUCCCAGGACAUUAAACUCUGACACGUGGGAGAGGAGGUGUCUCUGCAGGAAGCCACCAGGUGCUCUUGUGUUCGUGGGCAGAGCAGACGUGAGAGCAGCACCCCUAAUGGAAGCCUUGACCCAGCGAGUGCGGCCCUCACCUCUCGGGGAGCAACCUGGACAAAGACAGAGAAGUGCCCGCUGCACAGCUUCAGUCCCCUGCCUGUCAGAGGGAGAAAGCCACGUGGGUAACGUGUUUGAGAUGUGAUGCAUGUUGCUUUCUAAGAAAGCCCUGUAUUUUGGGAUGGCCUUCUUGUUAUUGUUUUCAUUUUUUUUAAGAUGCUUUAAUUUUGCCAAAAUAACCUAGAUGUUUUAAGAUUUAUACUAUUACAGUUUAGAUAUGUCAACAAAAGUUCUUCCCAGAAACUCUGUGCUGGAAGGUACAUUGAGAUAUGUGUUUUUCACGUUGGUAAAAUAUCAUGGCACUCUGCAAGCCAGAAGACCAUCUGCGACGCUGGAGAACAGAGAACAGAGCUCAUCCUGACCCCAGAACCUGGCCGCUUCGGCCUCCCAGACCACUGCGGCCCGCCCUGCCGUUGGGGCUGCGGUGGUAAUGUGAACGCACCUGCAGACAGCCGCCACCGUCAGGGAGCGCACUCGGGACUUGCUGCAGGUGGCCUUUUGCAGCUUCAGGCGAUUCAGAACAAACGAAGGUUUCGUGGGACUCUAACAGCAGUACGUGUUGAUGGUGUUCUUCAGAACCACCGUGUGUUUCUGAGGCUGUCAGGCAUUCCUUUCGUGGUGUAAAAUCCUUUCCUUUUCAGAAAAAACACAAACAAGCUUUUUUAUUAUUAUUUUUAAGUGUAGAAAAUUGACCUGUGCAUGCUUUUGAUCUUUCAAGUCCAAAGAUCAAUACUAAGUAAGCAAUGCCAUGAGUCGUGCUAAAGACAAGGUGCUUUACGAUAGAGAUCAUUGUCUGUUGUGUGAAGCAGGACACGUGAGUGAGGUGGGGAGGAUGGAGGAGCGGACUGACGGCUGUGUCCUACAGAUGCCAAGGAGGCAGUCUCAGAAGCACAAGGCAAAAAGUAUGCACACAGUAUUUUACAUUAGUGGUUUCUGUUGGUUAUUAUCUCUCUGUGUGUGUGCGUGUGCGUGUGUGUGUGUGUGUGUAUCUGAGUUAAAAGAAUAAAGAGGAAGCAUCGGUCAGGUUAAUUUAACUAAAUUUUAACUUAAAAAAUAGAUAAAUAUAACCUCCAGAUGGGACAGCAGAGGGGAGUGGAGGCCACAAGAUAUCGCUGCUGUGUUUUUUUUUCUUAUGUAGAUAGGGAUCGUCUCCGUACAUGUUACGUGAUCAUUUCACACCUUACGAAUGCUGACUCAUUUUAUUUUAUUUUCAUGAUGUUAAGUUCACUAUUUAAUUUAUUAUUUUUCCUUCUCUGUGGCACUUGUCAAAACAUCUCUUCUGCUAUUCAGUUCUAAGGCGUUUUCACUUUUAAGCAUCAUAUUAGAAAUUGUCGACAGGGCCGAUAGUCUCUAGCAAGAGGAAUAUAAUAAUGUUAAAUAUUGUAUAUGUCUCUCUCAGCUCCAUUCAUUUACAUUUCUUUAUUGAGGUUUGCUUUUACUUGUUAGACAUUCUUUAGUGGUUAGUAAAGAAUGUGUUAAGUACCUCCCUUUUGGCCUAUAAAAACAGAUGUUCCUUCCAGAAUACUCCAGGGGGCAGUGUUUUAUAACACAUUUUCCCCGCUGGGUGACUGAAAGAUGGAGACUUUUAAAACAUUUGACAGGUGCAUGAGAAAUGAGGAAACAUUUUCCUCACUUGUGAAGUGGCUUGCAGCUGGUGACUUGAUCAUCCAGAAAACAUCCUAGGGCGCUGAGUGCUUCCAGUUUGGGAGAAUCCUAGGAGAAGCACACAUCCUACAUUCUGCACUCACUUCCCAAGGCAUCUCACCCACAGUUUCUUUGUAACCAAGAAUUUAUUACUCCUUUAAUUUGACAAGAAAUUUCCUGCUUUUUCUUUUUUCUUUAGGAGUAAAAACAGUUGCUUCCAAAUACUGUGUUAAUCAGAGUGCUGCUUUCAUGGAUAUUAAAAUAACCUCGAUGCACAAUGUAAAGAUUCCUUUCUCGUGUCUGAUUAUAUUCUUUGUGAUAACUUAGAAGGAAUGUGUGGUUAAGGUGGGUGUGAUAAUCAUCUGAGCCCUGCAGACAAUCUGCCUGUGUGUAAUCAGAUCAUCUUUAAUCAAAGGAGUAAACAUGGAUGCAGUUAACCGGUAUGCAUUCGUGUUUCUUGGGAUCACCCUAAAUUUGAGAUUGGAAUUAGCCUCUUAGUCAGAAAUCAUGCUUUCUUUCUGGUAAGUUCUUGAACAUGGGAUAGCCUAGAAUAUUUUAUGGGAAGGGUGAUGAUUUCUAGGGAAGUGUUUAUUCCAGUGAAGAAUGGGAGAAAUUAAAAUAGUGUCCAGAUUGCUUCUAGAUUAUCCAUUUGGUUGCUUUGGGAAAAAUCUCUAGCUUACUCUCUAUUCCCCAGCCUGAUUUACUCACUAUGAACAUUUUGAAGUUUAUUUCUGAGAUACUUAAAAAGACCCACUUAAUUAUUUUUAAUGAGAAAGGGAUUUAUUUAUGAAAAUAUUUUUCUCUUUAUCAUACCAAAAUCCACUUAGGUAAUACUAAAUUGUUCUUGAAGGCUACCUACUCACCUCCCAAUAAUCCUGAAUGUUUUUUGAAUUCCUAGGGGUUCAGAAUUGAGUUUUGUUUUAUUGUUUGGUCUUUGAUUCAGAUAAGUGAGAACCUGGAGACUAGUAGUAUAUAGUUGAUUGCAUAGUUUCAAGAUUAUUUCAAAGACUAAGCUUUUUUUCUCCUAACUCCUCCCUGUCAGAGUAAUCUUAAAUUAUUAGAUGUUAGAGAAGUUUUGUAUGCUAAGAUUUCAGGUUUAUAGUUUAUGCGUGUAUAUAUUAUAUAAAUAUAUGUAUAUGUAAAUAUUACGUUCAGUGUGGAGUCUGGUGCAACUCCAUUAUGUGGAUUAGAGAGUAAACUAUUAUGGAUGAUAAAGUACUAAAUGAAACCUAAUAUUUAUUUAUGAAAGUGUGUAGGUCGUUCAAUCACAAGUGAAGUGGGAUGAACAUUGAGUGUGAGGAGACAGGCCUCUGACCUCCUGGAAAGCACCGCGCUAAGUUCCCAGUGACCAUUCUUUUUUAUUCCUCAAGCAGAGAGCUUCUCAGAAAACAUGCUGAGAUUUUAUUUACAGGGAAUCCUUUGACACAUUUCAAUUGAUGUGAAGUCAAGUAUAGCAAGUACUCAAUAAUGACUGAAUUUCAUGUUGCUCGGGUCAUGCAUAUUCAUUAGAAGUUUUAUGUUGUUGGUCUCUUUUGCCUCUUCUUUGUGGGUGCAAAGGCACUGAGAAAAGGACUUUUUUUUUUUUUAACUUGAACGUGUUGCGUCGUUGUAUCUCCUUAGAAAAUGCAGUCCCCUAGCAGUGGAAAUGAAAGAAGUUAGCAUCAGAGGUGAUUUAAUUUAGCAAUUAUGACUGCUCUUGUAAAACAGAAACAAAAAAAAAAUGCCAUAUUUUUUUGGAGAAAAGUUGGCAAUUUAUAGGGGUUUUGUUGUCUGUUUCAAAAGAAGACUCAUUUGUAUUCCUUGGGGAACCAGUGCCUUAUGGAAUCUGUAUAUACUGUAAUUAUUCAGGACUAGGGAACAAACGAUUGUAUUGUAUUUGUUACAGAUUGUAUAUGGCUUUGUUUUAACAUUCCCCUAAAUAAAAUAGUUUCAUUCUCCCCUUGGAAA